CUAUUAUCCGCCUUCCUUCGUUGCUUCCCAUUGAGCGAGGGCGGAAAACCAAUUUCGUAAGCCAUCACAACGGGCAAAUGGCAAAGUCAUGGACAUGAAGCAUGGCACAGUCAUCAAGAAUGUGAAAAGCCACGAUACAAGAAGAUGAAAGUUGGAAAUGGAGAUCUUGGUCCCAAACCGUUGAAAUUCACAAUGCCUACGUACUUGAUACAUUUCGCUCAGUUUCAUAUGGAAUUUCGGCUUCCAGAGCUGGACUCGUUGGCCAUACUGGAAGCCGUAGAGUUGCGAUAUGACCCUGCAGCAUAUUCCAACGAUAGUCCAUUCAUGUUGGUGGAGAUCCCAAAUGAUGACGACGCUCGGAAACUUGUAAAACGAUCUAUACUUGUGAAACAUAUUGUAAGACUUUGGGCUGAAUCACCGACACUUGAGGACAUACUAGAAACAAUCAAAGAUGCUCGAGAGCUGCAUGCACCAUACCUAAAAAGUAGUUUCAAGUUUAUUGUUGCAGCCUUUGGGUACACAAUCGAGUUAGACGAACAGAUCUCCCGUAUCGAACGAUUCUCCUUUCUUCCAUUCGAGGGACCUAUUGAUCUGAAGAACCCGGACGUUACAUUCGCGUACUACGAGGAUUAUGGGAAACCAUCUGCACAAGAGGGUGCGGUGAGGGAGGCUAAUAAACCAAAAAGAGUUUUUUUUGGAGUAUUGCUGGCAAGCGGUAACCGUGGAGUGGUAACAACAUAUGACCUCAAAAAACGAAAAUAUUUGGGAACAACAUCAAUGGAUGCUGAGUUGUCGCUUGUGAUGGCGAAUCAAGCAUUGGUUCGUCUAGGAUCAUUUGUCUUAGACCCAUUCGUGGGCACUGGCAGUUUUCUAAUGACAUGUGCACAUUUCGGAGCCUUCACGAUGGGUGCGGAUAUUGAUGGACGACAAAUUCGAGGAAAGGAUAGACGAAACAUCCAGUCGAACGCUGUGCAGUAUGGGUUGACUGGACGAGUACUGGAUAAUGUGGUCUGCGAUUUGGCGCAUCACCCUUGGCGAAUACAACCAGUUUGGGAUGCGAUAGUGUGCGAUCCACCAUACGGUGUACGUGCUGGUGCGAAGAAGAUCGGAAAUAAUCCCAAAAUAAAACCUCCACCAACCGUACUAAAGUCAAACGGUGAACCGAGGUAUCCUCAAACCGUCCCUUAUGAAAUGAACGAUGUGAUAGUCGAUUUGAUCGAUUUUGCCGCUACAUUCCUGGUUCCUGGGGGAAGGCUCGUCUACUGGCUCCCGACAGUCACCGAUGAAUAUGUCCCGGAAGACGUCCCAAUACAUCCGAAAUUCAAACUAGUUGCGAAUAGCGAACAGAAUUUUGGCAAAUGGGCUCGACGGCUCAUCACAAUGGAGAAACUACGAGGCGAUGAAGAGUUGGUUGGAGUUGAUCUGGAGAGAGGAGCCGAGCCGGCAACGGCCGUCCCUGCGCAUUCAAAGUUCCGUACAAAGUACUUUGAAUGUGUGCGAGGUGUAGAAAACUUAUAGGUUGCCAGAGAACCUUGUGAAUAUAAUAGAUUUCUCUGCUGCCCAAUACAUUUUAUAUUGAAUUUCUGAA